UAUUCAAUUCAAUUCAAUACAAUACAAUACAAUACAAAUCAGUUAUUUAUUCUCUCUUUUCGCUUCCAAGUAGCCACCGCCUCUCUCUCCAAUUUCGUUCUUCUUUCUCAGUUUCCGCAUCAAUGUUCGCAUCAUUCAUGCCGCGGUUUUGAGGUGAAAAAGUUAUUGGUGGAGAUUUAAGAAGGAGAAAGAUUUACUGCAUACACAACUCUGGCCAAUUUUAUAGAGAUAGCUGCAUCUACUGGAACAGACUUUGAUCUUGUGUUUUUCGGUUUCGGGUUUUGUUCUCACAGGUUUCCAGAUAUUGUUCUGUUCCAUCCUAUGGAUUAUGGCUAACAAUCGAUACAAUGUGAUUGCUUUUGAGAUGGAAGUGGUAAUUUGAUUUCAUAGAAAGUGUGAGAAUAGGUUUUGUAUUUUGAGAUGGCAAUGUUUAGGUGCUUUUCGAUUUCGAAUGAGACUAAGGUGAAAAAAAAGGCUGUGAAAGAAAAAUCUUCGAAAGAGAGUUUCAAUACUCUAAUUUCCAAACUACAACACUCGGUGUCAUCUGAGUCGCGUGAUUUGGAGCGAACCACUUUUGAUCUUACUGUAACCAAUGGUUUUCAGAAAAACUCGGGGAGCAAUGUUAGGGUUAUGCGUCUUGAGAGUCCUGUGAAAGCUGGAAACUCGCCCUCAAUCAAGAGGGAGCUCUCGGAUUUUGAUCUUCAAUCUGAUGAACCUGUUGCAAACAAGGAAGUUGAUGAUCCGAAAGAGAAAAGCCAAGUCAACGCUGAAUUGGAAGAUCGAAGCGAUGAAUACAGCCGAAAGAAUGAUGAUACAAACCGUAGUGGACAUGUGAGUGAUCCUGGUAUUGGGAAAUCUGAUUUUCUAGGUUCUCCAAAGCUCAAGCGGUCGUGCUCGAACAUUGAAAAUAAUGAUGUUCACAGGCAGAUGAAUGAAUACUUAUCUCCUUCAAAUUCGCCAUCUUUUGAAGACUUUCGCGAUUUAUUGGCAAACCCGAUGGUUAAUCUUAAGAGGUCUAGGUCUGUGAAAAGUGACUACAGUGCUGAUAGAGUAAUGUUGAAACGACAUUCUUCGAGUCAAGUACUUCCUUCUGGAAGUAAAAAAUUGCGGUUGAAGUUGUUCCUCUGGAGUCAGAGGAACAUACAUAGAACAUUCUCUAGAAAAUCGAAAAUUGUUCCUGCUAUUAGUUCUCUAAGCGAUCAACUAGGGUAUUCUUCCGACACCCUCGAAGCAAAACAGUUGAAGGGAAUGAAACAUUUGCAAUCCUCUGUGUCCUUUCCUGCGCAAUCCAUUAGUAAAAUCAUCAAUGGCGAUGAUCAAAUGCAGAACAGAUUUCGUAACCAAUGGCUUGCUUUCUCGACAGAAUCAUCUUCUUAUGCCAGGGUGGAUGCAUGGGUCAAAGAUCUUGAAAUUCAGGAACCAGUUCUCGAGGACGGUGUUCUUGAUUACAACGCCGGAAGCAUUUCCUUCCCAUCUUUUCCUGAUGCAGGUAGAUCAAUGAUAGGAAGCACAUCUCAAUUGUUUGAUACAAAUUCCAAUCUUUCAAAGGAUAUUUUGAAAGCCAAUAGUAUAGUCCAGUCUCUGAAUCCAGGUUCAUCGGUUGCUCACAUAUCCGGCUUUGGUAUAAAAGCCAUCCCCGCAAUAUCAUACUUCUCCAAUCUCCGCUCUGUCAAUUUGUCCAGCAAUUUCAUAGUUAGCAUCAUACCAGGAUGUCUCCCAAAGAGUGUUCAAACACUUAAUUUAUCAAGAAACAAGAUUAGCACCAUCGAUGGCCUCAAAGAAUUGACCCGAUUGCGAGUACUUGACCUGAGUUACAACUGCAUCUCAAGAAUUGGACAAGGUUUAUCAAGCUGUACACUUAUCAAGGAGCUAUAUCUUGCUGGAAACAAGAUAAACGAUAUCGAGGGGCUACAUAGGUUGUUCAAGCUAACAGUUCUGGACUUGAGCUUCAACAAAAUCACGACAACGAAAUCGUUAGGUCAGCUCGUGGCUAACUACAACUCACUCCAGGCUCUUAAUCUACUCGGAAAUGCUAUUCAAAGAAACAUCGGUGACGAACAGCUACACAAAUCUGUAUCUGGUCUUCUUCCAAAGCUGGUGUUUCUGAACAAACUUCCCGUGUUUCUGAACAAACAACCUCUCAAGAAUAAAAGGGCGGCACGGAAUAUAUUUAUCGAAAGUGUUGCCAAUGCCGCACUUGGGAACAGCAAGAAACGGAGCUCCGAAAGAAGAUCGAUGAAUCGAGUUGGUCAACUGCGAGAAGGAUCGAGUGGGGCGUCAAAAAGCAGGAACGGGACAAGGAGGUGAAAUUCAAGCGGAUUGUUGCAUGUAGAAGGAACAACUCAUCACAGAUACAUGUUCAGUUUGGUGUUUAGAAUGUUUCAUUUGUAUAUAAAUAAGAGGAGACUUAUUUGGGUCUUUUACAAUGCCUCAUGUUUAUACCAUAAUAAGAGGAAACUGUGUUAUGUAAUUGAAUAAUGUUUUUUGUUUUGUUAAGUAUUGAAGUGAAGAGUUUGGAACUUGAUAUGA